UUCGGUGAUACAAUAUUGCGCUAUAUAUUUUGGGCUUUCGCUCCAUGCAUUGCAGGAUUCAGACAUUGUAAGCCAGUGAUCAGUAUUGAUGGGACCCAUUUGUAUGGUAAAUAUCGAGGGGUGUUGUUGAUUGCAAUGGCCACCGAUGCCAACAACAAGGUUUUGCCUCUUGCCUUUGCUGUUGUGGACAAAGAGUCAGGGUCUAGUUGGGGGUGGUUUUUAGAACGCCUCAGGAAUGCACUGGGGGAUGUGAUAGCAGAUAAGGACAUCUGUAUAAUUUCUGACCGACAUAAGGGUAUUCAAAGUGCAAUUGCAAACUGGCCUAGACAUGAUGAUGGACGACAACGAGUAGUUCACAGAUAUUGCCUUCGACAUGUUGCUAGCAACUUCAACACGCAUUUUCAGGACGCCACUUUAAAGUCAUUAGCCUUGAAAGCGGGGUAUGCUACUAAGGAAUCAAAAUUUGAGCUGUACAUGCAACCUAUCAAGGAAGCUGAGAUCGAGGCCCUUAGGAAGAAACGGAGAACCGAGCGGCAGGAAAGUGAACCCGACUCAUCCAUCAUGCCAUACACAUAUCUAAUGAAUGAGGAUCUAGACAAGUGGACCCAACUACAUGAUGGUGGAUACCGUUAUGGGGCUAUGACAACCAAUGUCUCGGAGUGCUUCAAUGGAGUACUCAAAGGUGCCCGUGGCCUACCCAUUGCUGCAAUGGUUGAAUUCACUCAUUGCAAACUUGUUGCGUAUUUCCAUGAUCGACACAAAGAAAUUACUCAUGAGCUCUCAAAGGACAAGGUAUGGACUAAAUAUGCCUUAAAAAUCUAUGGACACAACCUACAAAAAUCAAUUUCACACCAAAUAAAUCCGUUUAAUAAUCAGAAUGGUAUAUAUCAAGUAAUUACUUCAUACAACAUCUAUAGCUCUGGAGGGGGACACCAUAGUUAUGAAGUAAAUGUAAAGGCCAGAACAUGUGGUUGUGGAAAGUGGCAAAUUAGAAAGAUCCCUUGUUCACAUGCAAUUAAAGCUCUUCAGUACUUGGGGCAAGAUGCGACUGCAUAUAUUGACCCAUGUUAUAGUUUGGUGAACGCCAUUCACACCUACUCACAUGCAUUUGUGGUGCCAAAGUCAGAUUCAUUGUGGAGGGAUGUGGAUGGUCCAAAGUGGGUGCCUGACCCAAAACUGUUGCGGGGCAAAGGUCGACCUGUGGCGUCUAGGAUACGAAAUGAGAUGGAUGGGGUCCGGCGAGAACCGGGAAGCCGGAGGCCAGAUUCUGACUUGAGGGAGAUUCAGCAAAAGCAGAGCUGUGGACUGUGUCAUCAACAUGGGCAUAACCGUAGAAGAUGUCCGCUUUCCCGUGGGGCUUCGACAAGCAGUAAUAAUCCAAACUAGGCAUGCAAAUACUCGAGUUUGGAAUGGCAUUGUAGAUGUCAAUUGGGGUUCUCUUUAUUAUGUAUUUGAACUUACUACUGGGUUGUAUCCACACAAUUAUUAUUUUGU